UCGUUCAUUCAUUCCCUUCUCAAAAUACCUGCAGCACAUCUCAAAUCGAAAACUGUAAAUUGUGUCUGCGGUUAGCUAUUUCUCAAUCAGUUGUUAAAUUACUCGAUCUGAUAUGGCUCCCAGCAUUGCGAUUCCGUGGAAGGGAGAGGAGGGGGAGAAGGAGGCGCUGCGGCUGCGGCGGAGGAACGAGGAGCUGGAGAAGGAGCUGAAGAAGAGGGAGGAACAAGAGGAGAGAAUGAGGGAGGAGCUCGAGAAGGCGUGGCGGAGAGUUAGGGUUGCGGAGGAAGCGGAGGAGCGCCUCUGCUGCCAGCUAGGGGAGCUGGAGGCAGAGGCCGUGCACCAGGCCAGGGAGUACAGGUCCCGGAUCUUGCAAUUGAUGGAGCAAUUGUCCGCCUUCCAAUCAAUGUCUUCAUUUUCCAGCAUCGCCUCUCAAUAAUCUCUCCUCUAUCUCUAUCACACCUUUUUUUUUGGUAUUUCCCUUUCCUCUUAAUUCUGCACGUGGACGGCGUUUUUUGAGGGGAAAUUGGGGUUGUCAAUCCUGCUGGUGUUGUUAGCAAGCAAAAGAAGGGAGGAUCUCCAAGAUCAGACUUAGUUAUUUAUACACUACUGACUGAUCAUGAUUGGAGCAGAAGUACAUACAGUAUGUUUGUUUGUUGUUCGAUUGUAUAUUGAAUGAGAUAAGAAUUACUAUUA